AUGGCUGCAAAGGUGUUUCAGUUGAAGUGUGGGUAUAAGAAUGACCCCUGGGGGAAGAAAGGGAAGGAUUCCCUGGCCGGGGUGCUUUGUUCCCAGACGCCUGGCGCGUUGGAACUUGAUGAGUCGAAGACGUAUUCGGAGAUGUGGAUGGGCACGUAUCCCACCGUGCCAUCUCGCGUGCUCGCCACCGACGAACUGCUGUCCGAGUAUCUGAACAAACACCCCGAGGUUGUCGGGCAAUCCGCGCUGAAGAAAUGGGGGCCUGAAGUUCCCUUCCUCCCCAAGAUCCUCUCCUUCGACCAAGCCCUCCCCCUGCAGGUGCACCCCGACAAAGCGCUCUCCGAAAAGCUUCACCAAACCGACCCCCACAAAUUCGGCGACCCCAACCACAAGCCCGAAAUCGCCAUCGCGCUGUCCAACUUCGAGCUGUUCGCAGGCUUCAAGCCGCUCGCCGACAUCGAACAGCUCAUGAAGCUCGCCCCCCUGCAGCACUUCGUGCCCCCGCACGCCGUCAGCGCCUUCGACGACGAGGUCCUGCGCGAACUCUGCCGCAUCCUGCUCACGCUGCCCCCCUCCAUCGUCUCCACCACCCUCACCGAGCUGCUCACCAUGCCCGAAGCCCAGUUCGGGCCGACCCAACGCUACAUCCCCGGCCUCCUCGACCGGCUGCGCAAGCAGUACCCCGACACCGACAACGGGAGCCUCGUGGCCGCGCUGCUGAUGAACUACGUGACGGUGGGGCCCGGCGAGGCCGUCUGCGUCCCCGCCGACAGCAUCCACGCCUACCUGUCCGGCGAUAUCAUGGAGUGCAUGGCCCGCUCCGACAACGUCAUCAACACCGGGUUCUGUCCCAAGGCCGAGCGCGACAGCGUCGACCUGUUCACCCGCGCCUUGUCCUUCCAGCCGCAUUCCGUCGACGAGACCGUGCUGCCCCGCAGGAAGUCCGAUAAGGGCACCCAGUGGAAGACCGAGGUGUAUGCGCCGCCGUUCAGCGAGUUCAAUGUGCUGGCUACGAGUCUGGGCGCCGGCGAGGAGGAGACUCAUGUCCCGCUGGACGGGCCGAGUUUGGUGGUCGUCACGAAGGGCAGCGGGACGAUGAGAGCCGGGGCAGCGACCGAGACCGAGACGAUGGAGUUGCGGGAGGGUUGGAUCUUUUUUGUCGGGGCGGGCGAGAAGUUGCACUUUGGCACCGACAAGGGCCUCGCCCUUUAUCGGCCGUACGCGGAAUAGACCAGACCAGACCAGAUCCCACCUUUUUUAACUACUAC